AUACGACAUCGCCUUGGGUUGACGUACUACUUGACGUGACGUGAUUUUAUUCCAUGAUUAAAAACAUAAUUGGUCCUGUAGGUAGCUGCUGACUGUGUAGCAACGUGCCGAUAUCGCAAACAAGCUAUUAUUUAACCUCUUUAUUAUGACUUCGGAAACAAUCGUUACUCCACCAUCGGUUUCAUGGGCUCAGAGAAGCACUCGUGUUUUUUUGACAUUUAAUGUUGAAUGUGAAAAACCGGAUAUAAAAAUUGAAAAGAAAUCGGUUUCAUUUAGAGGAAUAUGUGCUCCAGACCGCAAACUACUUCAAGUUGAUAUACCCUUGUAUGCCGAAAUAGACCCCGAGAAAAGCACACAAGUCAACAAAGGGAGAUACAUUGAGCUCGUGUUAAUGAAAGAAAAGACUGAUGAGUCAUUUUGGCCCACACUAACGAGUGACAAGAAGAAGCAUCAUUGGCUAAAGGUGGACUUCAAUCGCUGGCAGGAGGAGGAUGAAAGUGACGAUGACAUGCUUGAGAUGAAUGACAUGUUUUCAAACAAAAUAGGCCCAUUUGGGGAUGAACUUGAAAAGGACGACUCCAGUUCUGCUGAGGAAGAGGAUCUUCCUGAUAUAGAAUAGACAUCCUUGAAUCUCCAUAGUCAUGUAAAACUCUUUAGACAUUUAGAAGUGCAUUAUUAAUGUUUGUGCUUUUAUAUGAAUAAUAGUGUGGUAGCUAUGAUUAGCCCUUAAAUAGUAAUUUGGCAAAAGUAUUUUCAUGAAAUGAGUGGUUUGAAUCAAGUUUGUAGUUGAGUCUAGAAGUUGGGCCACUUUUUGUUUAUGAUUUGUUUUACGCGAACAAUGAUGACUUGUUAUUUAUAAGUUUUAUUGUAUGUAUAAACAUUCAAAUUAAAUUUAGAGGAUAUAGACUAGUUUCUUUUGCAAACAGUCAAGCUUAACAUUUCUGGAAGUUGGUUUUUCUUAUAGAAAGGACCCCUCCUUCCCGCGGGCGGAAGACCCUGUAGACUAGUAAUUAAGUCCAAAGUUGGCUUCACUUUACAGAAGGAAACACUACACAACUGUGGCUAACUGUUCAUGUCCAUACAUUUACUCUAAUCCUUAAAGCCUUAUUCAAAAUUGUUUAAAUGAUGUUAUGUUUUAGUUAACUUGCUCAUUUUGGUGUUUGUUAACUUGUAUCUGUAAUUUUCAGUAUAAACUUUUAUUACAAAUG